AUGGAAUGUAAUAAAGAUGACGCCAUAAAGGCUAAAGAGCUUGCCGAGAAGACGCUACUUGAGAGGGACCUAAGCAGUGCAAAGAUAUUUGCAAAGAAGGCGCAAGACAUGUAUCCUAAUCUUGAUGGCCUUCGUCAAUUGCUGGCCACUAUUGAGGUGUAUGCUUCGGCUGAAAAAAAGGUUAAUGGUGAAGUUGAUUGGUACAGGGUCCUUGGUGUUGAACCAAUGGCAGAUGAUCAAACAAUUCGAAGACAUUACAGGAAACUGGCUCUUAUUCUGCACCCUGAUAAAAAUAAAUCGGCAGGGGCAGACGGGGCAUUUGAUCUUAUCACACAGGCAUGGACUUGUUUGUCUGAUAAUGCCAAGAGAGUCGAGCAUGACCAAAAGCGCAACUUCUCUGGCAUAUAUUGUGGGAAACCGUCUGCACCAGCUCGUCAGAGUGGUUUCUUUGGUAACUUAAAUGCUGCUAACUGGAAGAAUAGAGAUCAAGGGAGUGCUACACAUCAAACUCAAACUACAAGACCUCCCACGUCGAUGAACCCGACAUUUUGGACCAUGUGCUUGUCCUGCAGGACAAAGUUUGAGUACAAUGCUCAUUUUGUCAACUGCAGACUUACCUGCGUCAACUGCAACAAGACCUUUGUAGCUUCUGAGGCAUCGCCCCCACGUGUAUAUAGAAAUGCUUCAUCUACUUCAAGCAUUUCUCAGAUGAACCAAAAUAACCUUAACAGAAUGGGAGCAAACUGUCAUGUUUUGGGAAAGGUACCAAUUCCUGCUGUCAACUCAUCAUUCGGGUCAGGUUCUCUCUUCAUGCCUGGUGGCGUUUCGAGAAUGCCGUCAUUUUCUGCUGCUGCUGAAACUCCUGGUGUUUUCAAAGUUCCAUCUGAUACUUUGAAGAGGGCAUGUGAAGCUUCAACACCCGACAAUGCCCUUGCUGCUGAGAAAACUGGUGUUGCAGGUUCAACAUUUCAUUCCUGUUCAUUUGGUUCAAAUUCUUCUCUGAAAGGAGAUGGGCCAAGGAAAAAAAUCCGCACAAGUGAAUUCAAAGUAAACAGUGAUAGGAAAUAUACACAAAAUGGGGUAGCUUCUCGACACGAAGGAGUAAGCUUGGCAAAUGAACUUGGGUCUGAAAAGUAUAAUUCUGAAACCGGAAGGAUGAGUGCUGCUGGAAACUACAAACGUAAUGUUUUUUGGGAAAUACCACAACAGAAAAUGAAGAAGAUUCUAAUGGAGAAGGCGAGAAAGGAAAUUCAGAAAAAGCUUGAAGAAUGGAAUGUUGCUUCUGAAACAAGGAAUUUGGAAAAGUCAAAGGAUGCUGCUACAGAGAUCAUAGAGAAGGACAAGAAAAAGGCGAAAGAUGGCAUAGAGAAGGAGAACAAAAAGAUUUCAUAUGCUGUAAAACCUGUCAUGAAAAAUGCUAUUCAUGGUGCAAAACCUGGUGCACAAGAAAUUGUUGCUUCUGAUAAAAUUGGCAAAAAGCAUAUCCCUCCUGCUGAUCCAGUUGUGGCUGAUUAUACAGUCUUGAUGAGUGUUCCAGACCCGGACUUCCAUGAUUUCGAUGGGGACCGUAUUGAAAAUGCUUUUGGCGCAAACCAGGUGUGGGCUGUUUAUGAUGAGGACGAUGGCAUGCCACGCUACUAUGCUUUGAUUCACGAUGUGAUCUCAAAGAAACCGUUCAACAUGAGAAUUAGUUGGCUUAACUCGAAGACAAACGAUGAAUUGGCUCCAAUAAAGUGGGUUAGUUCUGGCUUUCCCAAGACCUCUGGGGAUUUCAGAAUAAGCAAGCGUGCUGUCUAUAACAGUCUUAACUCCUUUUCGCACAAGGUUCAAUGGACGAAAGGUGCAAGAGGAAUUGUGCAUAUAUAUCCCAAGAAGGGGGAUGUUUGGGCCUUGUAUCGGAACUGGUCUGCUGACUGGAACCAAUUUACCAAAGACGAAGUCAUUCAUAAGUAUGACAUGGUGGAAGUGCUGGAAGACUACAAUGAGAAGCAAGGUGUGAAUGUUGCUCCACUUGGUAAAGUUCAGGGUUUCAAGACAGUGUUUUGCCGGAACAGGGAUCCAAGGAGAAUAAAAAACAUUCCAAAGGCAGAGAUGUUUCGCCUCUCGCACCAAGUACCUUCAUACUUGCUCACUGGUCAAGAAGGCCAUAAUGCUCCCAGAGGCUGCUUGGAGCUUGAUCCAGCCGCCACACCUAUGGAACUUCUUCAAGUAGUCACAGAAAUACCUGAGCAAGAAUCGCAAGAAGAUUCUGCUCAGGAAAUUCCAAGAAAGGAAGGGGCUGAAGCAAUUGGAAAGAAAGAUGGUAAGCCUGAUAUUUUGUAUGUAUAUAGGAGAAGACAUCUAAGGGAAAAGAGAGCAAUGUAGUGUGUUACUUGUGAAGAGAUUGUGUUCACCAUAUAGCUUACAAUCAAGAACUCAAAACAAAU